CUCUCUCCCCAUCUCUCCUCCCCUUCAUAAUUUUCUCAGCCGCCCCUUCUCUAUUAUCUCUUUCUCCUCAUCCUCUCUCUCUCCGACGAAGAAGGUGAAGGAGGUGAUGAUGGCGAGGGACACAUAGACGACAACGACAAUGAGAGUGAGCCCAUACCUUCAUCGAUGAUGAUGACGACAACGAUGAGAGGCCCAGCAAGAUAAACAGUGGUUGGUCUCCAUAAGAUGGCAGAGAACUGGACCAACUUGGCAUCUCAUACACAUACCCAAUUGCCAAAACUGGUAUUGUUCCCUAAAUUGGCUCCAAUUCGAGCUGACAUGGACGCCCUCCCAUUGCAAGAGCUUGUUGAGUGGGAGCACAAGAGUAAGGUUGAUGGUAAAAUGCACGGUUGUGGUCAUGAUGCUCACACCACCAUGCUUGUUGGCGCUGCUAAGUUGCUUAAUCAACGGAAAGACAAACUUAAGAAACAGAGAUCAUUGGAGCUUCUGAGAUGCGGCAACAAAGAAAAUGGAACUGUAAUUUAAAAGUUGGUUGUAAUUUAGUUUGCUUCAUUAUAAAUUUGGUUGUA